AUUUGAGAAGAAAUCGUAAGGGAUUUAAUAAAAAAUUAUAGACAGGCUAUGAAUAAGCCUACAAUGUUCCUAAAUUAUCAUUUUAUCCAUUUUCCAUCCACAUGAUAUGAUCUUGGAACACGAAAGUUCGGUGGUUACCAUAAACCCAAAACAAAAUGAACGGAUACGAUGGCAAUGGCGAUGGGGUAGACACCGAGACCGGAACCGAAACUGAGUUAUUGGGAAGGGACUGGUCCGAGUUGACUCACGAGUGUUUGAUCAACAUCAUUGCGCGACUCACCCUGGAGCACCGAUGGCGAGGACCUAUGUUGGUGUGCAAGUCCUGGCUCAACGCCUGCAAGGACUGCUCACUCAACUCGACGUUCGAUCUCGAUGCUUUGUUCGACUCAUCAACUGAGUUGUCUCGGUGGUGGAUUCCCGAGUUCGAGCGUAAGAUGGAUUCGAUGCUCCGUUCUGUCGUCGCUUGGAGCGAUGGCUCUCUCACCGAGAUCCGCACCAGACACUGCUCCGAUCGCGCCCUCUGUUUCGUAGCAGAAAGGUGCCCAAACCUCGAGGUGCUAUCUAUUAAGAGCUGUCCAAAUGUUACUGAUGCAUCUAUGGCUAAGGUAGCCUUUAAAUGCACCAAACUUAAGGAGGUUGACAUUAGUUAUUGCUAUGAAAUAUCUCAUGAAUCUCUAGUGAUGAUAGGAAGGAAUUGCCCUAAUCUUAAGGUUCUAAAACGAAACUUCAUGAACUGGUUAGAUCCUUCCCAACAUAUGGGAAUUGUCCCUGAUGGGUAUUUGAAUGCUUGUCCUCAAGAUGGGGAUUCAGAAGCAGCUGCAAUUGCAAAGUCUAUGCCUCAGUUGGAGCAUCUUGAACUUCGAUUCUCUAAGUUAUCAUCGAAAGGGCUUGCAUCAAUUUGUGAAGCCUGUUUGAAUCUUGAGUACUUGGAUUUAUGUGGGUGUGCAAAUUUGACAAGCCGGGAUAUCAUCAAUGCAACAUCUGGUUUAAAGAAUUUGAAGGAGAUUAAAAAGCCAAAUUUCUAUAUCCCCAGGUCAGUCUUCCAUACUGAAAGGUAUGGCCAUUGGAGGCUGUAUGAUGAGCGAUUCCAGACGGAUGUUUUUCGUAUUUGAUCAGAUUGUUGAAUGCUACUGGGAAGUUGGAUUCCUUCAUGUUUGCUGCUUUGGUGGAUUGGUGCCUACGUGGUAAUUUCUUAUAAGUUAUGUCUUUGAAUUUUUUUUUUUUCUUUUUUGAAACUUUCUUUGCAUGUUUCUGCAUAUUAUGUCUCAAAUUGUUGUAAAGCCAUUAUUUGUUUCCUACUUGGUCUUGUGCUGAAUAAUUUAUUAAAUAAAAAUGUAUAGAAUUGUUAGUUUUAUUUUGGUUGAAAAAUUGGAGAGUAGUAGCUUCUUCAUAA